AGCAAUGGUCGCGUCGCUCGAGUUUUUGUUGUAGGCUCUACCUGUUUUUGUUGGUGUGCACACCACGACGCCUCUGCUUCUCCCGGACGAACAUAGCGAGCGAGAUAAAGAAGAAGAAGAAGAAGAAGGAGAGGUGAGGGGGCAAGAGGGAAAGCGAUCGCCUCCGAAUCCUCCGAGUGCUAUCGGGGUUUCCUCCUUCCCCGUCCUCCAUCGCCUCCGAUCUCAUCGGUCGUCUCUCGAGGAGGAGGAGAUUCCGAUCUGAAUCGCUCGAUCCCGCGCCGAUGAUCCAUGGCAAGUCUAGAUAACAUCAUUGUGGGAUCUCAUGUCUGGGUUGAAGAUCCAGUUCUGGCUUGGAUCGAUGGAGAGGUUUUUAAGAUUAAUGGUAAUGAGGUUCAUGUGCACACAACAAAUGGGAAAACGGUUGUGGCAAACAUAUCUAAAGUGUUUCCCAAGGAUACAGAAGCUCCACCUGCUGGAGUGGAUGAUAUGACAAAAUUAUCAUACUUGCACGAACCUGGAGUAUUGCAGAAUCUUGCGACACGUUAUGAACUUAAUGAAAUAUACACAUACACUGGAAAUAUCCUGAUCGCCGUGAACCCAUUUCAAAGAUUACCUCAUCUCUACGAUACCCACAUGAUGGAGCAAUAUCAAGGGGCAGCUUUUGGGGAGCUAAGUCCUCAUGUUUUUGCAGUUGCAGAUGUUGCUUACAGGGCUAUGAUUAAUGAAGGGAAAAGAAACUCCAUCUUGGUUAGUGGAGAAAGUGGUGCUGGUAAGACUGAAACAACUAAGAUGCUUAUGCGAUAUCUGGCAUACUUGGGUGGACGAUCUGGAAUAGAAGGAAGGACCGUCGAACAACAAGUGUUGGAAUCCAAUCCAGUUCUUGAAGCUUUUGGCAAUGCCAAAACUGUUCGAAACAAUAACUCAAGUCGGUUUGGUAAAUUUGUUGAGAUCCAAUUUGACAAUAACGGAAGGAUAUCAGGUGCUGCUAUUAGAACAUACUUACUUGAAAGAUCUCGUGUCUGCCAAAUUAAUGAUCCUGAGAGAAACUAUCAUUGUUUUUACCUUCUCUGUGCUGCACCUCAUGUGGAGAUCGAGAAGUAUAAGUUGGGGAGUCCGCAAUCAUUUCAUUAUCUUAACCAAUCCAAAUGCUUCAAAUUAGAUGGGGUUGAUGAAGCUCAAGAAUAUCUAUCUACCAGAAGGGCCAUGGAUAUAGUUGGGAUCAGUGAGCAUGAACAGGAGGCAAUAUUCAAGGUUGUAGCUGCCAUACUUCAUAUUGGAAAUAUUGAUUUUGCUAAAGGGCCAGAAAUAGAUUCAUCUGUUAUCAAAGACGAGAAGUCAAGAUUUCAUCUUAACAUGGCAGCCGAACUUCUGAUGUGUGAUGUCAAGGGUUUAGAGAAUGCAUUGAUAAAACGUGUCAUGGUGACCCCUGAAGAAGUUAUUACAAGAACUCUUGAUCCUGCUUCCGCAAUUGUCAGCAGGGAUGGUUUAGCAAAAACCGUCUAUUCCCGACUAUUUGAUUGGCUUGUAGACAAAAUAAAUGUAUCAAUUGGGCAGGAUCCAAAUUCAAAGUCACUGAUUGGAGUUCUUGAUAUAUAUGGUUUUGAAAGUUUCAAAUGUAAUAGUUUUGAACAGCUCUGUAUCAAUUAUACAAAUGAAAAGCUGCAGCAACAUUUCAAUCAGCAUGUCUUCAAGAUGGAGCAAGAGGAGUAUACCAAGGAGGAGAUUAACUGGAGCUACAUAGAAUUUGUUGAUAACCAAGAUGUUCUGGAUUUGAUUGAGAAGAAACCUGGAGGAAUAAUUGCGCUUCUUGAUGAAGCCUGCAUGUUUCCCAAGUCAACACACGAGACAUUUGCUCAAAAAUUGUAUCAAACAUUCAAAAACAACAAGAGGUUUAUAAAACCAAAACUUUCUCGCACAAACUUUACAAUUGGCCAUUAUGCUGGAGAGGUAACAUAUCAAGCUGACUACUUCUUGGACAAAAACAAAGAUUAUGUUGUGGCAGAACAUCAAGAAUUAUUGAAUGCUUCCAAGUGCCCAUUUGUUUCGGGUUUAUUUCCACCACUUCCUGAAGAGACAUCAAAAUCUUCCAAAUUCUCUUCCAUCGGAGCCCGCUUUAAACUACAACUCCAAUCGCUGAUGGAAACCUUGAACUCAACUCAACCUCAUUACAUCAGAUGUGUGAAGCCAAAUAAUGUCCUCAAACCUGCUAUUUUUGAGAACUUCAAUGUUAUCCAACAGUUGCGAUGUGGAGGUGUUCUUGAAGCAAUCCGGAUCAGCUGUGCUGGAUAUCCGACUCGAAGAACAUUUUAUGAAUUUCUCCUUCGAUUUGGUCUUCUUGCCCCAGAUGUUUUGGAAGGAAACUGUGAUGACAAGAUUGCUUGCCAAAAGAUUCUGGACAAAAUCGGAUUGAAAGGUUACCAGCUAGGCAAGAGCAAAGUGUUUCUGAGGGCUGGCCAGAUGGCUGAACUGGAUGCUAGACGAGCAGAGGUACUUGGAAGAGCAGCUAGAACAAUUCAGAGGCAAAUCCGUACAUAUAUUGCUCGUAAAGAUUUCCUUAAACUACGGAAAGCAGCUAUUCAUCUGCAGUCUUUAUGGAGAGGGAGAUUGGCCUGUAAGCUUUAUGAGUAUAUGAGACGUGAAGCAGCAGCAGUCAAAAUUCAAAAGAAUCUGCGUCAAUAUUUUGCAAGGAAAUUGUAUACAACACUUCGAUCAUCAGCAAUUAUUUUGCAAACAGGCUUAAGGGCAAUGACUGCACGCGAUGACUUUAGAUUUAAAAGGCAAACUAAAGCUUCAAUUUGUAUUCAGGCUCGGUGGCAUUGUCACCGAGAUUAUUCUUACUACAAGAGAUUGCAGAAGGCAACGCUUACUUAUCAGUGUGCUUGGAGACAAAGGCUUGCAAGAAAAGAGCUUAGAAAGCUAAGAAUGGCUGCUAGGGAAACAGGAGCCCUAAAAGAAGCGAAAGACAAGCUUGAAAAGCGUGUGGAGGACUUGACAUGGCGUUUGCAGCUUGAGAAACGACUAAGAACUGAUCUGGAGGAGACAAAGGCACAAGAAAUUGCUAAACUACAAGAGAUGUUGCAUGAGACGCAACUGCAGGUAGAAGAAUCAAAGUCCAUGGUUAUCAAGGAACGUGAGGCUGCACGCAAGGCUAUCGAGGAAGCACCUCCUGUCAUAAAGGAAACCCCUGUUUUGGUUCAAGAUACAGAAAAGAUCAAUGCAUUAACUGCUGAAAUUGAAAACCUGAAGGCUUUAAUGCAAACAGAAAAGCAGGCAACUGAUGCAGCCAAUAAAUCAUUGGCUGAAGCUCAGGAAAGAAAUAAUGAACUACUCAAGAAAGUUGAAGAUUCUGAGGCAAGAGCUGAGCAACUUCAAGACACUGUUCAAAGGCUUGAAGAGAAAGUAUCAAACUUGGAGUCAGAAAAUCAAGUACUACGUCAACAGGCAGUUGCCAUUUCACCAACCACCAGAGCAUUAACUACACGCCCAAAAACAACUAUCAUCCAGAGAAGCACAGAAAAUGGGAAUAUUCUGAAUGGUGAAUCAAAACUUGCUUUGGAUCUUAGUCCUGGUAUACCUAGUUCCAAGGAGCUCCAAAAUGAUGAUAAACCACAGAAGUCACUCAAUGAAAAGCAGCAGGAGAACCAGGACUUGCUUAUUGAAUGCAUCUCUAAGGACCUAGGAUUCUCUCAGGGUAGGCCUAUUGCUGCUUGUCUCAUCUACAGAUGCCUUCUUCACUGGAGAUCCUUCGAAGUUGAAAGAACUAGUAUUUUUGACCGUAUAAUCCAAGCAAUAGGCUCAGCUAUUGAGGCCCAGGAUAACACUGAUGUCUUAUCCUACUGGUUGUCCAAUUCAUCUACUUUAUUGUUACUUCUCCAACGGACACUAAAAGCAAGUGGAACCGCAAGUUUGACUUCACAGAGGCGUCGAGCAUCAGCUUUGUUUGGGAGGAUGUCUCAAGGGAUUCGAACUUCUCCUCAAAGUGCUGGGCUCUUUUCUUUUAAUGGCCGCAUGAUGGGUGGAUUGAGUGAUUUGCGUCAAGUUGAAGCAAAAUAUCCUGCUCUGCUUUUCAAGCAGCAGCUUACUGCUUUUCUCGAGAAAAUUUAUGGAAUGAUCAGAGACAAUCUAAAAAAAGAAAUAUCUUCACUGCUUGCCUUGUGUAUCCAGGCACCAAGAACAUCUCGUGCAAGCUUAUUGAAAGGGUCACGAUCUCAAGCAAAUGCUAUGGCCCAGCAGGCACGAAUCGCGCAUUGGCAGAGUAUUGUGAAAAGCUUAACCGACUACUUGAAAAUACUGAAAGCCAAUUAUGUCCCUCCAUUUUUAGUCCGCAAGGUGUUCACCCAAAUCUUUUCGUUUAUAAAUGUUCAACUGUUUAACAGCCUUCUGUUGAGGCGUGAGUGCUGUUCAUUUAGCAAUGGGGAAUAUCUCAAAGCAGGAUUGACUGAGUUAGAACACUGGUGCUAUGAUGCAACCGAAGAGUAUGCAGGUUCUGCCUGGGAUGAGUUGAAGCAUAUUAGGCAGGCUGUUGGUUUCUUGGUUAUACAUCAGAAGCCGAAGAAGACCUUGAAGGAGAUAACCAAUGAUUUAUGUCCAGUGCUUAGCAUACAACAGUUAUACAGAAUCAGUACGAUGUACUGGGAUGACAAAUAUGGAACACACAGUGUAUCGUCGGAGGUCAUUUCAAGUAUGAGAGUUAUGAUGACAGAGGAUUCAAAUAGUGCAGUUGGCAGUUCGUUCUUGUUGGAUGAUGAUUCCAGCAUACCUUUCUCUGUGGAUGAUAUUUCCAAGUCAAUGACCGAGAUAGAGAUAGCAGAUGUUGAUCCGCCACCUCUGAUUCGUCAGAAUUCAGGCUUUGCUUUUUUGCUACAGAGAAAGGAAUAGUAAUUCUCAUCGCCAAGUGUUCCAGUUCUCAACCAUUCAGCAAGAUGUGCAUACUCAUCUCGUAAAUAUGAUGUUAUUCUACUCGUGCCAAAUUGGCUGGUGUACCAAGGGUAGAUGAUAGAUUAUCAUUUUAGUAUUUGUGUUUGAUUUGUUGAUUUGUUUUUGUGAAUUUAUUUUUUCCAGUUGUAUUUAUUGGUGAAUAGCUCUGGGCUGCUAUUGGGAAUGCUCAGUGUCUAUUAUUAGGUAGUACGAGGGUGCUGCAUCAACAAACAUUUAGAAGUUGCAUUCGUCUAUGCUCUGUUGGUAAUGUAGUUGGCAAUUGAAGCAACAAUAGAAACAUUCAAAAGGUUAAUCUUUUGUUGUA